AUGACAUAUGCUAGGAUGCUGAGAGAGGAAAAGGGAAGAGAAACUUUUGGUCUUGGUGAUCCACAAAAAGCAGCAGUAUAUGACCAAUAUGGUGAAGAGGGUUUAAAGGAUCAAGCACACCCACCUGGUGCUGGUAGUGCUGGAGCUUCAUUCUUUUCUGCUGCAGAUGGGCCCACAUCAUUUAGAGGUGGCAGUAGAGGGAUGAGAGGGACAAGGUUCCCAGGUGGGAUGUUUGGUAAUGGUAUCUUGUUUGGUGAUGGUAUCUUUAAUUUUAUGGUGAAAGUGGAGGGUCAGUGCAUCAAAACUGCUCCUAGAAAAGCUGCUCCAAUUCGGAAUAUGCUGCAUUGUAGUCUUGAAGAGCCUUACAAGGGAGCUAGCAAGAGAAUGAAGAUAUCUAGGGAGACUUUUGAUGACUGGGGGAGAGUAUUAAGAAUUUCCUUUUAUGUUAAUUACCUUUCUCCUUGGUUUGUAUCUGAAGUAUAA